GAAGAAGACAAGAGGGGUUAGUUGGUUAGAUAUAUUGUAUGGUCCGAAACAAAUGGCAGCGAAGAUAGGAGGAGGCAUCGGAGUCGGAAUCGGUAUCGGGAAUCUGACUCAGCCUCAGCUAGCUGCGAUGUCCACUCCUUCAACUCUCUCCAACGCUCUUCCCUCCGCCAACGGUCUCUUCUUACUCAGAACCGGGUCCACUCGCAGACGCACUCUCCGCGUCCACUCAAUUUCUGCUCGAACUCACCACGCUUCUUUCCCUUCCUCAACUCGAGUCAGAGCCUCGACUUCCUCGGAGGAGCCACCCAAUUACUCUCCAGCUCAAGGCGUUGAGAAUCUGGUAAUUAUCGGUUCAGGUCCUGCUGGAUAUACAGCGGCUAUUUAUGCAGCUCGUGCCAACUUAAAGCCUGUAGUGUUUGAGGGGUAUCAAGUAGGUGGUGUUCCUGGUGGGCAAUUGAUGACUACAACUGAAGUGGAGAACUUUCCGGGGUUCCCAGAUGGAAUAACUGGUCCGGAUUUGAUGGACCGGAUGCGACGACAAGCUGAGCGUUGGGGAGCAGAAUUGUUCCAAGAAGAUGUGGACUUUCUUGAUGUGAAGAACAGCCCUUUUACUGUGCAAAGUAGCGAACGAAAGGUUAAGUGCCAUAGUGUUAUUGUGGCCACUGGUGCUACGGCAAAAAGGCUUAGAUUACCUCGCGAAGAUGAAUUUUGGAGUAGAGGAAUUAGUGCUUGUGCAAUUUGUGAUGGAGCUUCGCCGCUGUUCAAGGGGCAAGUUCUUGCUGUGAUUGGAGGAGGUGAUACAGCUACAGAGGAAGCAUUAUACUUAACUAAAUAUGCUGGUCAUGUUCAUUUACUUGUACGUAGAGACCAACUAAGGGCAUCCAGAGCAAUGCAAGAUAGAGUUUACAACAAUCCAAAUAUCACCUGUCACUUCAAUACAGAGGCUGUUGACGUUGUUAGCAAUCCUAAAGGACAGAUGUCUGGAGUUUUGGUUAGAAAACUUGAUACUGGAGAGGAAUCGGUGCUCGAGGCAAGAGGCUUAUUUUAUGGGAUAGGUCAUUCACCAAAUAGCCAAUUGUUGGAAGGCCAAGUUGAACUUAGCAGAUCAGGCUAUGUGUUGGUUCAAGAAGGUACUGCAAAGACUUCUGUUGAAGGUGUAUUUGCAGCUGGAGAUGUACAGGACCCGGAGUGGAGGCAAGCCAUAACUGCAGCUGGUUCAGGAUGCAUUGCUGCUUUAUCAGUUGAAAGAUACCUUGUCAGCAAUGAUCUUCUUGUGGAAUUUCACCAGCCCCCCACUGAAGAGGUUAAAAAGGAGCUCACGGACAGGGAUGUACAAGAAAAAUUUGACAUCACUCUUACGAAGCACAAGGGCCAAUACGCUCUACGGAAAUUGUACCACGAAAGUCCAAGGCUUAUAUGUGUACUAUACACAGCACCAACAUGUGGUCCGUGUAGGACCUUGAAGCCAAUUCUUAGUAAGGUUAUAGAUGAAUUUGACCAGAAUAUACAUUUCGUUGAAAUUGAUAUUGAGGAAGAUCAAGAGAUUGCAGAGGCAGCUGGAAUUAUGGGGACACCAUGUGUGCAAUUUUUUAAGAACAAGGAAAUGAUCAGGAACGUGCCAGGGGUCAAAAUGAAGAAAGAGUACAAAGAGUUUAUUGAAGCAAAUAAGUGAGUCUUUUUUCCUUAAAUGCUUAUUUGGCCGAUAUGAUCAUUUUGCAAUUCAAUUUUGUUUCUUCUAAAGUGGCUAGUUGAAAAUGCCUUGUACUUUUUUGUGAUUCUUUUGUAUCAGUCAAAAUGUAUCCUAAAUUUACACAUGCUGAGUUAAACGCAUUAUACACUUCUAAAACUUCAAUAUUGUUAUUAUUUUUAUUUUAUUUUUAACGACUCUGCAAAUCUGGCAGAGUUUAAUCAUGGAACAAUUUACAUCAUCUGUACAUCGUACUGGGUACUGACUUUAAGAUGUACUUGUUGAAUAAUUGAAUUAAAAUUCAUUCAUUUUAAAUCCUA